UGGGUGGGUUGUUUUUUAGGUUUAGGUUAACAUUUGGAUGUGACAGAUACUUACCGAUUGUUACAAUUGAUCUUGACCACCUUUGAACUUACGUAACAAAAUCAUCCAACUUUGUAUGGUCUGUUUAUUCCUUAUCAAAUCUGAGAAAGAAAAAUGAGGGGUAAACAAUCGUUCGUGGUGGGAAUCUUCGUUGUCUUGAUUUCUUCAUGUGCUUCUUGUUCUGCAAAGUUGUCCCAAUCAUCCAAUGGUUUUAUUUAUUCAAUUUUCAAUCAAGACAAUUCAAUCGUUGACGUAGAGGAGGAGCCAGAAAUAAAGCCAAGACAACAAAUGGGCAUUCCUGUGGUCAUCAAUACUUGGGGGUUUGACGCUGGAAAUGCAAAUGACAGCCUGGAACAUGUUGAAUAGGGGUGGAUCGGCUCUGGAUGCGGUUGAAGUUGGGGCUACCACUUGCGAAGUCCUCCAGUGCGACAAUACGGUCGGUUUUGGGGGUAGUCCUGACGAAAAUGGAGAAACUACACUUGAUGCCAUGAUAAUGGAUGGUGAAAGACAUGCAGUUGGAGCAGUAGGGUGUUUGCGGCGUGUGAAAAAUGCGGUGGGUGUGGCUCGAAAAGUGUUGGAACACACCUCUCACACACUUCUUGUGGGCGAAUUAGCGACCCAAUUCGCCUUGAGUAUGGGAUUUCCUGAAGAAAAUUUGACCACUCCAGACUCUUUGGAAAUGCACGAUAGUUGGGAAAGGAAUAAUUGUCAGCCAAAUUUUUGGAGAAAUGUGAAUCCUGAUCCCACUCAAUCUUGCGGACCUUACACUCCAAAAACCAUGACAAAAGAUCAAUCCAAGACGAUGGUACAAGUUCCUCCUAGGGUUAUUGACCAAUGGAAUCACGACACUAUUGGAAUCGUUGCCAUUGAUUCACUUGGGCGAGUAGCUUCUGCCACGUCUUCAAAUGGAGCUAGAAAUAAAAUUCCAGGACGUGUUGGGGAUGCUCCAAUUGUUGGAGCAGGAAGUUACGUGGAUAAGGACAUUGGCGGAGCUGCAGCUACUGGAGAUGGGGAUAUUAUGGUUCGAUUUCUUCCAAGUUUACUUGCUGUGGAGAAAAUGGGAAUGGGACUGAGUCCAACGGAAGCCGCAGAAGAAGCGAUACAGAAAAUUGCCCGAUUUUAUCCAACUUUUAGUGGGGCUCUUGUGGCUGUUAAUUUGCGUGGCGAAUAUGGUGCCGCAUGUCACGGAAUCGCAACUGGGUUUCCAUACUGCGUUAGUCCAGAAGCCGGAAGUAAUGGUACCAUUAUACUACAUGCGAACUGCACCUCCACCUCUACAUCUCCUGCAAAUAGGGUAAUCCUACCUAGGGUUUUAUUGGGCUGGGUUUUUUGGGUUUUAAUUGGUUGUAAAUGAAUAAAACCCAAUGGGUUUUACUAUGAGUAUUAUUAGGGUUUUAUUUGUGUUUUAAUGGGUUUUAAUUGAAUUUUGCUCUACAACUGCAUAUUAAAAGUUCAAAACACCUCUCGUCGUACGUUAGACGAAGUUGUUUCACUGGAGCUAAGCAGUUUAUUUCAUUAAUAUCGUAAUAUUUGAAAACCCGGAACAAAUCAAAAAUGGACAACAUCUCUUACCAUCCAGUGCUACAAAAAAUUAAUUUCGGAACCGAUACAAUUUCUAAUAUGGAUGGAGGAUUUGUAUAUAAUUGGAAUUGGAUUUGUAAUAGUUGCAAAAUUUGUUUGUUGAGUUUAUUACUUAGAAUUUAUUAAAACCCAAAACUCAUUAAAACCCA